UGCCACAAAAAAAGUAUUACUUGAGCAUUUUUCAUAUCUAUAUACUCUGUUAUAUUUACAAAAAUGUACUCUGCCUCCUUGCUGGUUGAAGCCACUGUGAGAACAGCACCCUCUGGUGACAGGCUGCAGUAUAGGUCAUAAAUCCUGCCUCCUCCAGCAAAGCUUAUGGAGCUGUGGACAAACUUUAGAAAUUUUUAACACAGAACAUAAAUCCCGGAAAUACUGAGAGCUUUUUGGCUUCACAGGCAGGAGGCGAAACCAAGUUGUCCAUAAUAUAUAGUCUAUGAUUAAGCCUUAAGCCGCGUUCAGACCAAACGCGACCUGACGCGACUUGGCGACGGCUCCCAAUGCAAAGUCUAUGGCCAGCCGCGACCUGACGCGACUUGGCGACCGCCGGCUUCCUGUGACGCGACCAUGCGCGACCGGGCGACCAGGUCGCGCAUGGUCGUGUCGCCGAGGUCGCAGGACGCCAAGUCGCGUCGCUCCCAAAGUUCAAAUAUUUGAACUUUGGGAGCGACUAGCCGCGACUCCGUGCCGUGACAGCCAAUCAGGGCUCUGCUGACGUCAACAAACCGGCGAAGCAAGGAGGAGGAGGGGAAAAUCAAAAAUCAAACAAUGGAGGAACAGUUAAUUAUGGCGGUAAGCUUCCACCCGGUCCUGUACGACGUGGGGUGCGGACUGUACCGGGACCGCACCUCCAAGGACGAGGCAUGGGUGAAGGUGGCCCAUGAUGUCGGGCUUUCUGGUAAGUUUGUUUGUGUAUUUAUUUCAGUGAGCGGACAGUUUUAUGAAAACAUAGCUAACUGCCCCUGUAUGCUAGGCUACAUGUUUCAACGUAUGUGUGUGUGUCUUUGCAGUGGAUGUGUGCCGCAAGCGGUGGAAGGGGCUGCGGGACGUUUACUUGAGGGAGAAAAGGAGGGAGAAAGAAGGCGGGAGAAGCGGGUCGGCGGCCUCCCAGCAGAGGAAGUGGCGUUUCACUGCGGUGAUGUCCUUCCUCGACCCCUUUAUUGCCCCGAGGGACACAUCAAGCAACAUGUCUCGGGAGGUCGAGGAAGACUUCACCGCAGAAAAUGCUGCUUCUUCUGCUGGGAUGCCUGAAGACCUGGAGGAAGCAGGCCCCUCAGGAGUGGAGUUUGACGGUUGGUUGAUGAGUGAAAAACAUAGCAAAUAAAUUUGAGUCCCCUCAUGGUUUAAACACACCAUUGUAGUCUAAUUUAAGAUGGACAGAUCAAGUCAUGCACAUGUAAUGUUUGAACAUUUUUUAUUUGAAUAACAAUGUUGCCUGAUUGCAGAGUUUUGAUUUCAGACAUUUUUGUCACAACUUUAACUAAAGAUAAGCCUGCUCCCUCUCCUGCUUCAGCUCCCUCUCCUGCUUCAGCUCCCUCUCCUGCCCCAGCUCCAUCUCCUGCUUCAGCUCCCUCUCCUGCCCCGUCAGCUUCUCCUGCUCCCUCAACUGCGGCAGGUGAUGCCUCGGGCCCCACUGCAGCCAGGCCAAGAGGUAUAGAAAUUAAAUAUUAACCAUAUAUUCAAUGAAAUUGCUCAAGGUCACAUAGAAAUUAUAAAACAAAUAGUAACCGAUUAGUUUUUUUUUAUGACAGGGAGGAAGAGGAGGACGCCUCCCUCCUCACGACUGGAGGAGAUUGAGGAGCUCCUCUGUCAGGCCCGGAGGAGGCAGCAGACUCCCCCCGUCCACCACCACCGCCACCACCACCCACAUCUCGCUAUCCCGAGGAGGAGCAUUUCCUCCUAGGCCUGGCUCCUUCCCUCGCGAGGCUGUCACCCCAGGCUAAGGAGCAAGUUAAAUUUCAAAUGUAUAAAUUAGUUUUUGAAGCUCAGGAUUUCACACUGAAUUUGGAACCAGUGGAACCUUAGCUGGGGUGACAGCCUCGGGGGGGAACGAGCCAGGCUCCUCUGUUUCAGCCAUGCCCCCCCCCAUCCAACUUGUAAAUUUGUGUAUAUAGUUGAAAUUUUUUAUUGUAUUAUAUUUUUAUAUCUGCUGUUGCAGCCGUUCAAAAAUUUGUUUUAUUUGUUGUUAUAAAAAGUAUUAUUAUUGUUACAUUAUUAUUGUUAUAUUUGUUGUUAUAAAUAUUAUUAUAAAGUUUUCUCAACUUUGCCUUGUUUCCUUCUUUAACAUGCAGUCAUGAAGUAAAAUAACUAGGUUGCAGUGCUUCGAUGUAUAAACUUUACUUAACCCUUGUGCACCCCUUAAAAUGUAAUGACACCGUUACUGUUGUCUGGGCUAACAAAUUAAUAAUAAUAAUACUGAUCUUGUUGAAUGAUAUGGACUUAUUGGGUCUGAAAUAAAGUUAGUAAAUAGAUAGUUAGAUAGAUAGUAAUUUCAGCAUGUAGGUAAUCUGUGUUUGAAAUAUUACCAUCUUGAUCAUGUCAUGUUGACAAUAGUUUGUUGACACAAAAGAAAUGGCAAUUGCAUAUCACUUUCACCUACACAGGACACUUGUUAGCUUUCAAUUAGUACUUAGUUUUUUCACUUUACAUUAAUUUCCAUAUUAAAAAAAAAUAAAAAAAAUUGAGCCCCUGCCCCUGUAUAAUCAUGUGCAUGUCCCUGUACUGGCUCCAAGGUUAAUCUUCACUGCUCAUGUUCUCCUCAGAAGCACUCACCUCAUUCCCCUCAGGUGACUGUACAUGCAGCAACUGCCUGCUUCAGGUUUAGAUGGCGCUUCAUGGUUGUGUUUUGGAGAAAUGACCAGCCAAGUUGUGUUAAAAAUUUAAAUUUUUCUAGGGCAAAAGGAAGCCUCCGCAUUCCUAUCGGAUAUGUAAAUAGCAUGUUUUUGCAGGUGCAUAAAAAGGGUCUGUGUGUGUGUGUGUGUGUGUAUCUUGCAGUACUCUGAGCAGAAUGAGAGGCAGGACACAGACACAGUUAUGGAGACAUUCUUGUACAUAUAUGUAGGACAUUUGCUCAACAGUUGUUUGUGGUGGCUCUGAAAAGAACCGUUGUGGGGGUGCAGUGCACUAGAUGGAAUCCUGCCAUGAGACCACUCCUUCAGCUGAGAAGUGCUCGGUGAAGGACUGCCUGACUGCGAUGGCCUCCCGGGACGGGUUGUUUGAAGCGACACGUCCCAGCCCUGCCUGAGGCUCCUCACCACCUGUGAUGGCACCCAACCCCAUGGCAGCUUCAGGCUGAGACCUUCGCAGGAAGUUAUGAAGGACACAGGUGGCCUUCACACACUUCUCUGCAACAUCUGGAGAAACCUCAAGGGCACGUCGGUACAUCCUCCACUGAGUGGAAAGAAUGCCGAAGGCAUCUUCAACCACCAGCCGCGCCCUGGACAGCCGGUAGUUGAAAAUGCGCUUCUCUCUGGGGAGGAUGCGCCCUUGAUACGGCCUCAUGAGGUUUCUCCGGAGCGGGAAGGCCUCAUCUGCAACAAACACAUGAGGUUGGGGUCCCCUGUGUUCAGCUUCAGGCAGUGACCGAUCCGGAGGCAGCUGGAGGGAGCCAGAACGUAGGGCCUGACCAAACGCAGAGUUGGCCAGAAUCCCCCCGUCACUGGUCCUCCCGAAGCCUCCGACAUCGAUCACUCGGAAGCAAUAAUUGGCAUCUACAACUGCCAAGAGAACAAUAGAAAAUGUUCCCUUGUAGUUAUAGAACUGUGAUCCUGAAUUGGCAGGAGCCUUCAGAACCACGUGCUUCCCAUCCACUGCACCACAACACAAGGGGAAGUUCCACCGCUCCUCAAAACCCUGUGCUAUGGAUCUCCACUCAUCACAGGUGGGCACAGCCAUGAAGUCCUCCACCAAGCACUCCCAGAUGCAGGACACGGUGUCUGCCACGAUGCCCGACACGGUGGAAACUCCAACCCGGAAGCUGUAUGCGAUGGUCCUGAAGGAGUCUCCAGUAGCCAGGAACCUAAAGCACAUAAAAAUUAAUUUCAUUACAAAUUUUAUUUAAAAUAUGAGGCCAUAUGAAAUAGAAACGUAACCGAAGAUUUGAGUGUCCAUAAAUCCUCUUUGACACAAACAUUUAUGCUAGCACCCAGUGUAUCUGGUCAUUUUAAAGUAAUUGAUUUCCAGGUAAUUUUUUUACAGUAUGUAUUGAAUGUGUUAAGGGUUAAUUUUUUUCAGUGUAACUUCUUACUUUACUGAGUGGAUCAAAUAAAGGACACAGACCAAUCCUGUUUACUUCUUCAGCAGCACCUUAUCAGUCUGAUCAGAUAGGAUUAUUUUCACAGGAGUUAUAUUAUCUGUCUUUAGUAAAUUGAUCAGAUUCACAGAAUUUCUAAAUCACAUUAGUGUGUGAGAGAAGUUUUAUUUUGACUGGAUAUUAAAGGACAGAGGCAAAGAGCAGCUCACAGGAGGAACUCAGUGUACAGAAAGCUGAUAAACUUUGCAGUUUUGCCUUAUUUGCCCAGUGUAUCUGCUCAUUUUAAAUCAAUUAUACUUGAUUAUACUCACCGCAGACAGAUAGACAGGCGCUCCGAAGCUGGAAUGGAGCGCCUGUAGUUGGUGUCCUGGCGGGAGAUGCUGCUUCCCACCCGGGCGAGGAGGUCCUCAAACUGCGCCGUCGACAAACGGAAAUACCGCUGGAAACGGCCAUCGUCGAGGCGGAGCUCCUGGAGCAAACGGUGAUAUUCACCCAGCUCCGUCCUCCUCCGGAUGGUUUCAUGCACCCAUACACGCCGGCGGCGUCUAUGUCGGACACGAAGGUAUGCGGCAGCACAGGUCACGAUGUCGUCCAUCUUCAACACUGGUCGCACUGAAAACUGAGCUACUGACGUUAACGUGAUGACGUCAUCGGCGACCAGCCGCGACCUGCGACCUCCGCGACUGCAGCUUUGGACCCGGUGUUGACACACCAGGGCACCACGCGACGCGACCUGACCGACCAACGCGACGCGACGCGACCUGGUCGCGUUUGGUCUGAACGCGGCUUUAUGAUGCAACAAGCCCUUGUCUUCCCUACGAGAUUUCAUAAUCGCUUAAACAGCUGUUUAAACAAAAGACAUGGCUGAACUAACAUCUUACAGAGUCUGUGGGCAAAAGUUAGAAUCAAAAUUCACAUUAUGAGGUGAAAAGAUCCUAAAAUUGUAACAUUUACACGAGGGACGAGUGAACACAUCAGAGGCGGUGGUGGAAGACGUUCUUAGCGAGAAACAGAAACCCUUGGAGGGGGAAAUGACAAACAGUCACAGAGGCAGGAAACACAAACAAACAGUGGAUGUAAGAGAACAAAAAUAUUUCAAUUAUAUAUGAUAAACCGGGAAAAAGUGAACUGAUUAUUGAAACAAUGAAAUACAAAAAGGACUGUAGGUAGGCUGCACUGACCCAAAUGUAAAAUGACCCCUUUGAUUGAAGGUUAAUUUUAGGAGGAGUACUGAACACAAGGCCUGAUGCUGAAAUAGACAAAUAAAAUAAAACAAGCUCAGUUGAUGUUUUCAGCAUACAGACAUCAUACAGCCACAACCACAACAAAGCAAUGUCCAAAAGAGACAGGUCCCUAAUACAAAUGCUGCUGUUUCUUCUGCAUCUGUUAAAAUUGCCAGCUGUAAAAUAAUGGAGUAGACUAAACCAUGAAUGAAGAUGUUCACUUUUGUGUUAAUAUGACCUUUAAGUCGUCUGAUAACAGUUCUGUUGCCAUGGAAGUGCUGUUACGCCCCACCCGAAGGUGGCCCUAUGGUGCUAACAACUAUCCUCAACUUUUUACCCAUUAAAUUAACAAAACACCUUCAAAAGUUUAACAUGUGAUUUAUUGUGACAAAAUAGAAUUGCAAACUAGAUACAAAGCACCCACAACACAAAUGAGCGGCAGCAGGGCAGCAGUUCCCCACCAAAUGCCUCUCCAGACUGCAGGCAGCUCUCAGUCUUCAAAGGCCCAACACCAGGUGAGUCUGAUUAGCACUCAGUGAUUUCACCUGGGCAGCUAUGGAGAGACACAAGGGGAAAAACACACACAGAACAAACACACAGCCCUAACACCCCCACCCUUAAAACAAUGAAUAAAUAAUUUGUACUGCAAAAAAUCACAACUAUCACACACCAUUAAUCAAAAAAAAAAAACAUUUAUUCAUUGAUUCAAAGUGCAUUGUGCCAAGAAUCUAUCUCAAUGGGUGUUACUCACCAAGGCUGUGUAUCACAAAACACAGGCCACUGCACAAGCGUAAAAAAACCUUAACCUUUGACAAGCACUGCUGACAAAAAUGUGCAAAAUGGGUCGUGAGGAACACAGUGGCUGUGUCCGAAAUGGCAUACUGCCUACUAUCUACUUACCUACUCAAGCAGUAGCUACUGCCUACUGACUACUCAAAGAUGAUUUGAGUAUGUCGCGGCUGCCCGAGCGUUUACACACAUACAUACUAAAUACCCCAGAAUGCAAUUUGUGCCGGCCGGAAGCAGCGCCGGGAAAAUUUAAAUAGUCCUACCACACGCUUCAAACACGACUGCAUACCGGACAGACUGUAUAAAUUCAAUCAGAGAAAGUAAGUGUUUACAUCACGAUUAUGAGCCCAGUUGUUUGAAAGGCGGCUGUUUGUAAAUUUGUCUCUGCGUUUUCGGAGACCGAAACGUCCGCUUGGUGGGUGUUUGCGUCUAUUUACCGUAAACACCGGGCAGCAGCAGCUCCCCCUUCACGUUUCCAAAUUAUUGCGAAGUGUUUUCAUAAUCACCAUCUACACGACACAAACUAAGCAGCAGUGAAUGAAAAAAAUCACACAAACAUCUGUGUAUCCAUGGUGAUAACGCUAUACACCACCUGCUGGGCGUGUGAUGAGCAGCAUAGGGCUGCAAAAUGACCAACACACAACGUAAUUAUGACCUUGUUCGGUUAUUCCUUGGCAAAUACAUCAUUUCCCGACUACAUUCUUCUCAUGUACAAUGAUAAUUUCAGAAACCAUCGGGUCGUUCUGCCUGGUGUAGACUGACAACCAUGGAGUGCCGCCAUGCAAGGAGACGAAGGCGUCUUUUCUUCAGGGCAGCUAUGUACUUCCUGAUGGAUUUUCAACCACAGGUAAGAAUUAGUAAAGCUCACAUAUACUGUACAUUGUCAACUGGAAACUCCCCCGUUUGUAUAUUCUGAACUAUGUGCUCUCUACAAAUAAUAAUUUUUAUUAACCCCUUGUCCCCGACGGUCCCUCUCCCGGGCCGAGAUUUUGCUGCAUGUAUUUAAACGCUGUAAAAAAUGUAUUGAAACUUGACCGCGGUGUUAACUUUCAAUUCUCAAUCAAAGUUAAGACUCUAAUGUUCACAGAACUGGGUCGGAUGUCUGUUUUUAGUGUAAACGUUACCCUUUUAUGUCCAUUUUAAUCUGUCUUUGUUUCUGUGUCUGGACAUUUAAAUUUUGCGACAUCGACCGAAUCAAAGCUUUACAGUGUAGCGGAGAAAGGCUAAAAAAAAAAGACAUGAAGGAAAUGUAAAUGCAAACAAAAUGUAGUACAGGUGACAGCUUCUCAAUUUAUUGAAUGUUUACGUAUGUCCACAGCUGUUCAAAUGUUGUUUAUUUUUGUUCUACAUAGUAAUUUAUCACCAUUUUCACAGCCAGCAAGAGGAGGAGAGUCAAGAACAAGCAGGCCCAUCGGGGGUUUUCACACCUCCAACAGUACCUGCAGCAGUCACCCCUCCCCCACCCUUGCCUGCAAGAGUGUCACCACUUGAAACAAGGUUUGUGUCCUGUGUCCUGAACAUUUGUGUAGUUUGGGUCUCUAAAAGAAAUAAUACACUCUUUACUGCUUCAAUUAUGUAUUUAUAUGUCUUAUUCUUUGUAGAAAUUGAUGUGAAUCAUCAGUCUUCUAAAUAUGUUUCUUUCAACAUCUUGUACUCCUUUUUUUAUGCAACAGUGAGGAGGAAGAUGAAGGUAAAGAGUAUGUGCCACCACAGCACAGAUCCUCUUCAUCGUCCGGUUCUUGGCCUUCUUCCCCUUCCCCCAAGAGAGCUUGUGGUCAUGGUCGUGGCCGGCAAGCCAGCAAGCGGCCAAGACCGGCUCCUAUACACCCGGAGGCUCAGCUUGAAAGAUGGCACACUAAAGAAGAGCCAGAUGUUGAGCCUCCAACACCACGGUUUGAGCCAAAGAAUCCACCAGGACCCAGGAUCAACACCACGGUACAGUGGUCCCCGCUCAGCCUCUUCAGGUUGUUCUUUAGCAGCAGCACCAUAAACACUAUCAUCAACAAAACAAAUGCCAAUGCUGCACGACGGUUGGCACAAGGUGCAAAAUACAAGUGGUCUCCCCUCUCAGGUGACUCUUUCUGUCUCUUCCUGUCAAUAGUUUUGUUCUUCGGCUUGUUACGUGUACACUCUAGGAAUGACUAUUGGCGGAGGGACUGGCCGUACCAAUUUGUCUUUCCUAAGUGUAGCAUGGCAAGGGACAAAUUUGAGGCCAUCUUUUGGUCUCUUCAUCUCUCUAAUGUUGCAGAGGAUGAAGAGAAUGAAAGAAAAAGGGGAACACCUCAAUUUGACAGGCUAUUCAAAAUCAAGCCACUCUAUGGUGAGAUUGUGAAUGCCUGUAACUCCCUUUUUCAGCCAAACCAGAGCAUCACUAUUGACGAGCGAAUGGUGGCCAGCAAAGCACGCAUUGGAUUUAGGCAGUACAUGAGAGAUAAGCCAACAAAAUUCGGCUAUAAAUAAUUCGUAUUGGCAGAUUCUAAAAGAGGCUUCACUUCAAAUUUUUUUGUUUAUCAAGGUAAAGAUGAUACCAAGGUCAAACAGAGGGGACAGACGGAGGAUGGCCUUAGUGUCACAUCCGUCAUGAACCUGAUGAAGUUUGAUCUCCUUGGGAAAGGUUAUCAUCUUUACGUUGAUAACUUUUACACCAGUCCACGGCUUUUCUUGAAAUUACUCCAAAAUCACACUGUAGCUUGUGGCACCAUUCGGUCAAAUAGGGAGGGAUUUCCUAGGACAACUGUGAACGACCUCCCAAAGAAACCUGAGAGGGGAGACAUGAGAUGGAUAAGGAAGGGCAACCUACUUUUUGCACGGUGGAUGGACACAAACAUUGUCAACAUCUGCAGCACCUUCCACAAGGCAUACAGCGGGGCCACUGUACAGAGGAAGGUAAAAGGACCAGAUGGACGCUGGCACAGGGGUCCUGUUGAGGUACCAGACGCAUGCAGGGACUACAACAUCAACAUGGGUGGUGUGGACCUCUCGGAUGCUCUGAUCCAAUAUUACACCGUCCACAGCAAGACAAUGUGGUGGUAUAAAACAUUUUUCUACCAUUUUGUUGAUAUUGCUGUGGUCAACAGCUUCAUUCUCCACAAAGCAGUGGCCACCUGCCAAAACCAGACCCCUAUGUCCCUCAAAAGGUUCAGGGAGGUUUUGAUGAAGGAAAUGGUUGAGCAGGCUCAACCUAUUCCUGCUGCAGCCACCCCUGGCCCGAGCGGUACUAACACCUGCAUGCCUGUGUUCGGGGGGGGUGAUGGCACUCGCAGCGCAGGAAAUGUGUGGUCUGUGCAGCCAAGGAAAGGGAAAAGGCCAAGCAGGUGCAGGGCUACAAGGCAAAGGACAUGAAGACACCAGUUUUCUGUUCAAGGUGCAAUGUGUCACUUUGCCUUGUGCCCGGAAGAAACUGCUUUGUGGAGUAUCACAAAAAGCAAUAACUUGUUGGGUAUUCAAGAACCAUAUUCAUCCCUUUACAUACUGUAAUAUUGUUUGUUGUGUUUUGCUGUGUUCUUUGUUUACCUGCACAUUCCAUUCGUUUACAUUUAUAUUGAUCACUUUAUAUUUUAUUUAUUGUUUGUUAGAUUUUAUUUACAAAAAGAACUGUAGCUGGAAAGCCAUUCCAUCCCCUUAUUUCUCAUUGUAAAUAGUUUUGUUGCACCUUUUACUUACAUUUCAUUUGCACUAGUUGUGUUUGCUGUGUUUUAUAUUGUUAUCUAUUGUUUUUUAUUUUACAUUUGUUGCACCUUUACUAUUUAUUUUACAUUGUUUGCACUGAGUGGUUGUUUCUCUUUUUGCACUUUUCUUUAAAUAAAAAUACUCCCUGUGGAGCCAAAAAAUGUAGAAUUUCCUGUUAUUUUUCAUUAUUCUUUAUCGCAUAUAAACAAAUAUAUUGUGCAGAAUGGUAGAAAUUGAUGAGUCACAAGGUAAAUUUCAUAUCCAAAGGCUCCAAUAGUUAGUAGGAGACUAGUCUAAUGGAAAUUAAUUGUAAUUUGGAGCCAGUUCUCAUCAGAGGUAGAAAAUAAUCCAUUUGGCACAAAGUGUGCCAAAUUGUGCCAAACUGAGUCCUCGCCAGGGUGUAUCCUUACAAAAACCUUCAUGUAGGCUUUACUGUUUGCCCAAAUUCUAUCAAAUUUGGUACAUUUGUGGUCAAGGAGUGGAUGAAGCUAAUCAGUGACAUCUGGGGGCCUGAAAUCAUUGCCAGCAUUGUGUUUUCCCCUGUCAAAAAAAGAAAACAUUUUGGCGAGGGUAAAAAAACGUAACUUUUCCUCUGAUUUAUUCCAAUUUACUCAGGCAUAAUGACAGAUAAAACACUUCUGACACUUGGACAUCUAGAGACUUCAGAGAAUGUGUUCCAAGGAUACAAAGAACAUGCAUAUAACCUUUAGUAAAGUGUAGUAAUUCCUCAUUUAAUUUGGGUAUGUCUUGUAGGCGUUUUUUUUCCUUAAAAUAUGCUUAGGGCUUAACGAGAGGUCUGUGCUUAAUAUGAGUGACCACUUUGAUGAUGCAUUUAGAGAUGAGAAGAUGCUCAAACUUGUUGUAAUAAAUACAUCUUUAAUAGACACUUAAAUAAAGUCAAUUCAUAUGAAUAGUUAAAAACAUUACCUACAAUCUUAAUUUAAAAUACAAAUAAAUCUGGUAAAAAGAUGAUAAAAAAAUAUUAUCGCAAUCACAUGCCACCAAUGUUUUUCAGCUUUGGGAAAGAGGGCCAUAUUGCCAGAUUAACCAUCAUGUCCCUCUGGUACGCCUGUACUUUGAGGGGGGUGACCGGCGUAAGGACUUCAGGCUGACCAGGCCCUCCCUGGAGCACCUCAUCCACCUUCUCCAAGGGGACCAUUAUCAUGGAUGGGGGAAGGCACUUGAGGUGCUUGUUUUUGUUUACUGGCUGGCCUGUGGCACAUCAUAUCGGGUCGUGUCAGAGGCCUUCGACGUCUCUCGUUGGACGUGCCACGAUAUGGUCCACCGGGUCAGCAAGGACAUCCAGCAAGUUUUCCAGAGAUUCAUCCGUUUGCCCAACAGGGCUGAGUUGGAGGAAAUUGGGGCUGGGUUCCAGCAGUUGGCUGGUCACCCAGCUUUCUGCAAAGUGGCAGGAAGUAUCGACGGAUGUCAUGUCCGCAUUGUGCCCCCUGGACAGUUUGGAGCGGACUUUUUUAACAGAAAACUGUUCCACUCUGUCCAGUUUCAGGCCAUUGUGGACCACAAAGGACACUUCCUAGACGUGCACAUCGGUUUCCCUGGCUCUGUGCACGAUUCGCGGGUCCUCAGGUGCAGCCCUGUGUACGUGCACCAGCUGUACCCUCCUCCAGGAUGGUGCCUAUUAGGGGAUGGGGGUUAUCCCUGCAUUUCACAACCACUCACCCUUAUCACCCCAUUCAGGGAGCCUUUGAGGAACCCCACCGAGGAGAGGUUCAAUGCCAGGCAUUCUCGGGCCAGGAGUGUGGUGGAGAGGGCAUUUGGAGUACUGAAAACCAGGUGGCGCUCCAUAUUUCUCUGCCUUUUCCUCCACAACCUCUGCCUCGGGCACAGGGACAUUUUGGAGCCAGAGAACGGUGAAGAGGUUGAUGGGGAUGAUAACUGUCUGGCAGCUCAUGACUUGGCCCAACAGAGUGGUGAUGCCUUCAGGGAUCGGAUGGCAGCAGCAAUAUCAGUUCUGGAGGAGCAGAUCCCUGCACUGAGGGAGCAUGAUUAUGAAUGA